AGCUACCUGUUGUGCGCCUCUAAAUAGUCGAGUCGUACCCCGACCUCGUUCUUGCUGUAGUUUUGCCGAUUAUCAUUAGUUAGUUGUGUGCAAGCCCAGCCGUCAAAUAUCCGAAACAAUUUGAGUUGAGCAUGUUCACUCUGUAUGAACUACCCCGUUUGUCGCAACUCACCAUGUUUCCGCUAGACCCCGCACCGUAGUCCAGCCGGAAAAAUGGCUGAAGAGAAGGACGUUCGGUCGAACACUCCCGCCCAAUCUCCUUCCGUUCUCACAGAUCUUCGCAGCGCUGCUUCUUCUUUUCUCGACGUGAGGACCACUGGUGCCGCAAACGACCCGGAUAUCGCCGCGGUCACGGCGGGGGUGACACCGGAACGACCCUGGUAUUCCGUUUGUGCCGAGAAGGUGAGAAUAUGCUGUGCCAAGUUAGCGGGCCGGUACCCGGUUGAUACCAACUGCCCAAAAUGCGGAGCGCCGGUAUUAUAGAUGUGUGUGAUCAUGCUUGGCAAACGUUCUUAAAAUUCACGAAAUUGAAACUGUUCACGAUCCGAAAUCGGAGUCCAUUUGCAAUACAGAUUUUUCGAGAAGCGGUAGUACUUAGUCCAACAACAUCCUGAUGAGAAACUUCGAAUGCCUCCGUCUGAGUCCAACACAAACUCAUGAUGGAUACGCAGAAUAUUGUCCAUGCUAAUGCUGAGAAUGUUGUGACAUAGCCAUAGAAAUCUGUGAUGUGCUUUCUCCCAUGACAAAAAAAUCUUGUCAUGGGGAUGAUCCUGCACGAAAUUCGAAUCCCUCAGCUAGGUUGCAGGUUCUUUCGUCAGAAAUUAACCGUAUCUGCAUCCUCGUUUCGGCGAUUCUAAAAUAGCUUGGAUCUCUGCCUUCGGAUGGGCGAAGACCUCGAUUUUUCUGUGGUCUGAGCACGUCCGGCACUUUGGUAAAACACCGGUGUAAUUGGUGGGUCCUACAAGAUGUUGUCACUGGUAUUUAGCUGUUUUCAGCUGUACUGCGCAUGACAAAAAGCGCAUCUCUUGCGGAGAGCUGCAAGAGAGAAUGAAACAAUGAUGAAGCAAAAUUUGACGAACGAUUUCUGAUUCAUUGCAAAGUGAGGAGAAAUCCAGAUUCAGUACCGCUAUCUGACAGAAAUAUUUUAGGGGAAUCUGUAUUGCAGAAGCCACUUAACAUGGCAGUAAAGAGGAGCGAUCAUUACUUACAUCUCUGCUCGUGUUAGCAAGAAUGAUGAAGCAAAAUUUGACGAACGAUUUCUGAUUCAUUGCAAAGUGAGGAGAAAGCCAAUAAUUCAGUACCGCUAUCUGACAAGGAAGAAACCUGUAUUGCGUCUUGCCUCAUGAAAAAUGGUUUCCUUAAUGUCGAACUGCAUGAGGCAAGUCAAAAUCAAGACCAAACUCUUAUCCAGGUUUCCGGUAAUCCGUGGCAGCGGGUUUCCUGUCCUGAAUGUGGAAAGGAUUUUACCUGUCCGCCGGACAAUUUCACACCAGCUGUAAUGGACGCAGACGACAUCUGGGGAAAUGGUAUUGCAUUUGUUGUUUUCUGCAUGACAGAUCCUAUCUUUCUUUGCAGUUCCGCAUGAAAAAUCUCUACCUAGAGGUUCUAAAACCGAGCAUCAUAGUACCCCACGUGGUUUUCUUGGGAUUCGUCUUGCGGUUUCCGCGAGACGAGUCUCUUUCUCAUACCCUUGGGAUCUCCAAUCGCUCAAAAAGAAUCCGAACUCUCGCCUCUCGAAUUCGCUUGCGUUUUUUCCUUCAUAUGCAAGCGAGUAUCCAAAGCAAGGGACAAUUCUCUUUGAAUUCAAUUUUUGCUCUCUGUAACAGUACGAGAUCUAUCUCCGCAUGGGAGUUCUCUCUGGGCAUGCGUACUAAAAGACCUACUGUCUCCAGCAUAUCCGGCUCUGCAGUUAUUCUUUUUUAUGCUAGCCGGCUACAUUGGGACGCAGAAAAAGCUUCGGGUCACGCGGGUAGCACCGCCGUGAAUCUCAUGGUGUGUUACUUUCAGACUCUGAAAACAGUCGGCACAGCUCCAUAUUGGAAAGUAUCUCUGGUGCAUACAGGCUGGCAAUGAGCGCAGAUUCUCGUCGUGCAGCGGCUUAGCGCCUGAGAAUUGAACGUUCGGCGAUACACUAGAACGCAUUGUGCGGUCUUGAGCAUAUCCGAUGACAAGUUUCUCUUUCGUAGCUUCAUACGGCUACAACAAGACCUAAAAUAGAGGACGCAAGUGUAACGGGGAGCAGAGUUUAUUUCUUGAUACUCUAGCUCUUAUCCUUUUUCUUGCGGACAAAGCAUAAUAUUACACCAUUCCCACUGAACUUCGCGCCUGCUUCUGCUUUUGCCUGGCAUUGAUGUGAAUAAAGUAUCUUUGUGUACAGACAGUGUGGCAAUGAUCGUUCUCGUGCAGCUGCGUCGCGCCUGAGAAUUGAAUGUUCGCCAUUCUACCAAAAGGCAUAAGUAAUUAUGCGGUCUUGAGCAUAUCCGAUGACAAGUUUCCCUUUCGUAGCUUCAUACGGCUACAACAAGACCUAAAAUAGAGGACGCAAGUGUAACGGGGAGCAGGGUUCAUUCCUUGAUACUCUAGCUCUUAUCCUUUUUCUUGCGGACAGAAUGCAGAUCCAUCUACUAAAAAACAGGCGAGCGUUCCGCCAAGAUGCUGGAUGAAAUAAGGGAUUACAUGGAUAAAGAGAAGGAAAACGAGAAAGCGCGGGCGAAAUCGAAUUCCCCCUCCGUCUCCAAAGCCUCCACUCUACUCCACGACGACCGGGAUAAAAAUUACGAUAUUCACGAAAAUAACUUAGAAGACCUCCACCCCCACCCAGCUGCGUCGGUGAUUCGGAAAACGCAUAGAGUGUUGUUUCCAGAAAGAUACGAAAAUGUCGAAAAGUACCUGCAAGAUAGACCUAGUGAGGCGACAGGAGAACAAGAAAGGAAGAAAAAGUCACCUAAAGCCACCACUGCUAGUUCCAAGGGAAAGAGGAAAGACAACAGCGGCCGCGGGCCGUUUCGCAGCUCAGUAGGUGGGUAUAGUCUGAACGGCGGGUCGAUAUCGAUUAACAGAAGAUCAUCUUCCAUUCGCGGAGACGAGGACCGUGGUUUCUUGGGUAGUAAGGGUAAAGAUACUUCUGCCCUAGUGUACCACCAGCAGCAGGAACAACUGCAAAACGACCGCGCCAAACUGACAAAGCAGAUUUCAUCUUCCGAAGAAGAUAUUAUCGACUACGAAAGGGAUUUCGCGAAAGCCCGCAGCAGCCUGAAACUAGCCGAAGAGUCCUUGGGCGUGGCGAUUGGGCGGAAGAGUAGACGGAGCACUGAUAGAAAUAGCCGUAGUAUCAAAUGUAAAAAUGUCUGGGUCUGGAAGAUUGCGAGGUUUGUCAUGCACAUUUUGCAUGACUCCUGAUGGCUGUGAUGCAUGCCCUAGCAUCACAGAUUUUGUGAGGCCUUCCUGAUGCCUACACCGCAUGACAAAUGCUCUUUCCGUGUAGCAAAACCUGGACUCUCUUUGCUGCUCAUGCAAUACAGAUUUUUUUAGAAUCCAAAAUCAGCAUGACAAGUUGGAUUCUUCCAGACCCAGACAUUUUUACAGUUGAUACGUAGACGAGGAACAAACUCUAACGCGAUGAACAGGAGACCGCCGUCGUCCACUACCGCCUCGACUGCUGCUAAUAUCUCAGCUCAACAAAUGCAAAGCUUCCACACCGGCGCGAUUGGGAAGCAGGGGCACGCCAAGAUCCCGCCAUUGCGAGGUAGUUCGUUCUUCGCGAUGAGGGAGCGAGCCCGGGAAAGCAAGGCUGAAAGUCUCAUAGAUGAGAUCGAGGGGGAGAUAGGAAUGGAGCUGGAAAGCAAGCCCAAUAGUGGGAGCGUGGCUGUGAAGAAACAGGGGGUGAAUCCAAACGAGCAGCCGGAGGGGUCCGAUGACGGGACCUGGUUCGGUGGGCUAUUUUGAUAUGCGCAGACGCGGUCUUUUUUCGUGUAUAGAAAUGUUGGUGUCUGCUUGGGAAAAUCCUGUGGUAGUUCAAGAUCAGAGAGUUCAAGAUCAGAGAUUCUCCUAUGCGAUUCAGACAGCGCGGCCCGCUAGAGCUUUUUUCCUCUUCCGGGAAGGAAAGCUCUACCUGUGCGGACCGUGUUCACAAUAGUCGCUACAAGAAACUACACGGCUUGUUUGGAUAAACACAAAGUAGAGCUGCCUGUGGAUAUGAUUUUGGCGUUUUGUAAUUCCAGCUUCCCCCAGGCAGUUCGCCCUUCGCUCUGCGAUUCGCGUUUUCACGUCGCGUUUUGCGGAGUAAAUGGGUUUUGUGGGCCGUACAAUUUUUUAUUUUUUCUGAUUCUCGUUCUUGUGACUGUCGCUGUCCCGUGCGCAACACAUUCAAAUCCAAGGACCGCAACGAUUUUGAAGACAAGACUGUGUACACUACGAAAGUUUUGCACCGCCGGUGGAUGAUAUCAACACUUUAAGAUCCGGAAUCGCGUUGGUAGUUGGAGAAAGGAAAAAUUUCGAAUAUGUUUAAAGAU